GGGGCAUCUUUUGUUUCAGCCUUGCGAGCUCCUUCAGUCAAAAGGUCCAUCAUCCGCUCGACAGUUUGCCGACGUUGGCGUGUCAGUGGUAGUGGAGCACGUGGAUUUCCGCGGGCCCAGCUGCUGGCGCCGCCCGAUGUCGCUAAGCAGCCCAUGCAGCUCUCGAGGUAACGGACAGCGGUGGAGGCAGGUUGGAGUAAGUACGGAGGCAGGGGGCAACAGCCCCCAGAUAGCAUAUUCACGGAAAAAAAGAAGGAGGAGAUGGCCGAGGUUCUAGCAAAACAGUCUCGUCGCCAGUUCCAGGAGCUGGAGGACGAGAUGAAAGAACUCCUCCUCACAGCGCGACAGCAGGAAGCCUCGAACACUGUUGAGGCACGGGCAGAGGGCGCGGGCCGACCAGCGCGCGACCCGUGGAAGUCACAGGAUCCAUGGGGUCGGCAGGAGCCCGACGAGCAGCCAACGAUACCGAGGGGGCCUACCAGCUCGUGGGGAGCUGACGGCGGGUCUGGGUGGCAGCGCUCCGAGGACGGGAAGAGCCAGGACCCAGACAAAGCAGAUGACCAGUGGCGGUCUUCAUCGCCGAAUUGGUGGUUUGCGAACGGUUGGUCGUCUUCGUGGGAUCGGUCUUCGUGGUCCAAGGCAGACUAUAGACUUGGGCGUGUGGAUGGAUUGGGGAGGCUUUCGCAUAUGGAGACGGAAGAUCAAGAAAUGGCUUUCCACGACCGAUGUUCCGAUAUCUAAACGGGCAGAUCGUCUCCUUGGAUCGCUGGACAUUGAUCUUCAGAGGAAGAUGGACGACAUCAGCGAUUCAGUUCUACUCUGCAGCGAUGGUCCAGAGAUCAUUCUAAAGCGCUUGGACACCAUACGUGGCAAGCGCAUCGACGAAUAUCGACGAUGGGGGCCGCCGAGCAGCUGUAUAAUGCCUCUUCGGGCGCCGGCGUCGCCAGGGAGAGACGCUCUCGAUGUACGCCGCCAGGAUGGAGAUGCAGUUUGAUCAGUUGCGUGCUCGGGGAUUACCUUUUCCUGACAAGUGGAUGCAUCUCUUCAUGGAGGAAGGCGUAGGAUUAGACGACAGCGGCAAACAGAUGCUGGGUGUCUUGGCGAGAGGAUGGGGCAAACACAAGGAUCUCCCAAGUGCCAUUCGCGAGCUCGACCUCUCCAAGACGGAGUCUCUCUCUUCCGCUGGCCGGGCGCCCAAGAGCCACGCCGUGGAGGCGACCGAGGAGAGCCAGCAUGCACUCCUCGAGGACGACGAGGCGUCCGACACCUCCCUGGACACCGAGAUGGAGAAUGAGAUCUCGAUGAGCAUCGACGCCGCAGACAUCGGCGAGGAGGAGGCCCCGACAGUUCUUCUCGAAAUCGCCGGCGAGAGGAGGAAGACCUGGAAGGAAAACAAGGACCAGAAGAGGCCAGCCAAGGUCAACAGGCGCUUCAUCCUCCUCCGCCUGCCGCAUCGACCUCGCAGCGCCCAGAGAGGCCUCGCAGCGCCGAGAGAGGCGCUCAGGCAGGUGUCUUCAAGGCGACUGAGGCGGGGAGAUCAUUAUGGACACCGUCGCCGCCCAGGGCCUCAUCGGCCCGGAGUCGCUGCGACGCUGGGAGCAGCGGCUCGAUUCGCUCGUUUCCAGAGUUCUGAGAGCGAAAAGCAGCAGCGCGUCAGCCAGAAGGGUAGGGGGCAACAUUCCCGUUUUUGUUUCCAAGUCUUUUGGUGCCCAUGGACCUCGAGGGAUGCCUUGGGGCGAUGGAAAUAGAUCUCGUUGAGCAGGAGCCCCCUGCCCUCAUGCCAGUAGGACUGCAGGACAUGUUAGACGCAAUCAUCGAUUUGCCACGGGAUAAUGUGCAGUUUUCGAGUCUGGGUGCGCAGGCGCCUUUCUAGGGAAACUGUCCAGCGGCCACGGAGUCGCGAGCGUCGACGAGCUAGGGCCCCCUGGCGAUUUUUCACAUUCCGGAGGCCAUUGCCUCUAAGCGCGGUCUCCAGCCCGGAGCUCUCAGUCUCU